AUAACCUCUGUCCUAAAUUCAGGAAAUGAGACAUUACUUGUGAAACGAAAAUUUGGGAGAAGGUGGUCGCUGCAGUGCACGUUGACAUUCGUUGGACGUAGUAGAAACAACUGCAGUGCCUCAAUGCAACUGGGGGGAACAUGGACGAAGUAAAUUGGAGAUUGAAAACUUGUUGCUCAAGGAAGAAUGGACAUUUCUUAUCUGGUAACAAGGCUCCUCUUUACCUAGCUAACAAAGGAAAUCAUUUUACUUCAUUAGAAACUAGCGGCAUGCUCUAGUGAGAGAAAGACCUCUUUCUUUCUAGAAAACUCAUCGAAACAGAUUUUCUCCUUCUUCCCCCUCUCUUGCCAGAUGUCGAUCAAUUUUUGAUUUGGAUCUUUGGCCUCAGAGUCGAGGGAGCCACUAAUCCUCAAUUUUCCCUCUGCUUGAGACUUUAUGUAUCCAUUCCCCUUUUCUCUUUUAGGUUUACUUCUUGCCAACCGUUUUGGACGAUUUUGCUAAGAGUUAGUCUCCGUUUUGGCCCCAUUUGGUUGUGCUUGUUUUCGAUUUCUAUUUUCCAGACCCAUUUGUCUUCAUCCUCUUCACCUAAUUGUUCCUUCGUUCUGCCAUGGAUGUUUUCUUUGCUCUUCGGAGCUCUGUUCAAAGUGGGGUCUGCCCACCAGUGCAAUUGGUGAUGCAAUAAGAGAUUGUGUACCUCGGUGCCUGUCUCUUUGGUCCCUUACCGGAUCUCACCUAGUCAUUUCAUCCGGUAUUACCAGUCUUUUUUUUUUCUUGUUACUUUGUUUCUCUUAUUGGUAGAAUAUGGUCGCUGUGGUGGAGAUGCUCUCUGUACUUAUCCCUGAAAUUUUGGUGGUUGGGUACAUCAAAAUCAGCAUGGGUCUUUCUUCCGAUCUUUCGAUUUGGUUGGAUUUUGAUGCAGGCUACUUUGCGGUGGUGCGGUUGCUUUGUUCUUCCAGUCGAAGGUUGCAGGUCGCUGGUUGAAGUUGGUCUUUGUUUCUUUCAUGUUUGUCUGGGCCUUUUGGGCCUCGUUGUGUGAUGUUGUUUUAGUUUGGGAGGCCUUAUUGGGUCUGUUUGUACUUGUUCUUGCUAUAUAAAGUUUUCAGUUGUUUGACAAAAAAAGAAGAAGAAAGGAAAUCAUUUAAUCCUAAGGAUUUUGGUUUGCUCUUUGUAUUUUAGGCUCCAAUGGAAGGAUAGGCCUCAUCAAAAAGCCCGCGGAUCAAGUGGGCUGAUGGAGGCCCGCCAAAAAGCCCGCAAAAGCUCGGUUCGGCCCAUAGGCCCGGCCCGCCUAAAGCCCGCUAGGCUCGGCCCGUAAAAGCCCAUUAGGACCGGCCCGUAAAAGCCCGUAAACUAUUAUAUUAUAUCUAUAUAUUCAGGUUGAGAUGACUUUUCUGUAAGUUGUUUUAUUAUGAAAUUCAGCUAUGGGUAACUGGGAUUUGAAUUUUGUGGUUUCAGUAUUGGAUUCGAACAUUGGAGAUAUGGAUGUGGGUUCCAUCUCACCGAGUUCUCUCGCAUGGCCGACCCUUCCUUUGAGCUUGGCCGCCCUGGCGAGUCAGUCAUCGAGCUUGGCUGCGUUAUUGACCGUGGUCUCAGGGAGAGCCGGGCAGUUGAUACAGAGUCGCUUUGUAUUAUUUCUAGCAAGUUGGUGUGGGCUAUACGUGAUGACCUCCACAUUCUAGAUAAUGGAGGGAAUCUUAUUGAUGCUGCUAAUAUUGCUGCACUGGCUGGUAUCUUGACGUUCCGGAGGCCUGAGUGCUCAUUAGGGGGAGAAAAUGGUCAGGGAGUCAUCAUACAUCCACAUGAGGUUAGCUCCUGUUUCUUUCUUUUGAUAAUUAAGCACACCUUUGUUCAUAUAUACAAGAUUUAACAGGGAUAAUAGAGUUGACUAAUUUAUCUCAAAUGCAUUGCAUUGACUGGAGAGAAAGAGAGAGCCUGUGUGGUGAGCAAUUCCAGGUCCUUUCUGAACUUUAAGUCUUUGGUU